GAAACAGUUUAGUGUUCUAGUAAUUUACAUUUGAAUUUCAUUUCGAUCAUUUAAAUAAAUGAUGUUGUUCAAUGAUGAAACAAUUCUGUCCAUCAAAUGAAUGAAAUAUCCACAAACACCGAAUAACAUUCAUCGGAUGUAAGUUUAGAUAAAUUAUAAAAGAGUGGAAAAGAAAUGUAAGAAUAAAAAAUGUGAAAAACUUCAUAAAAACAAUUCUUGUGUACAAAAAAUAUAAUUGUGAACGUGUUUCGAUUUGUGUUCAAAUAGAGAAUUUAGCUGAAAAUAAAAUUGAUAAUUUUAGAGAAAGUGCGGGAUACAAACAUACUAGAGGCUGUUUACCACGCAUCCGUUGUGAAUUUGUGUGACAGUGUCGAUAUUGAGAACUAUAUAAAUAACAAAACAAAAAGGAAAACUUUAAACUAAUUAAAAUCAAACAAAAAAAAAAAAAAAAAACAAACGAACUCAGUUUUAAACAUCCUAAAUGUGUGAAAAUCGUAUUGACAAUUUAUCACAUUGAAACCGCAUACAUAUUAAUCACAUUGAUAUUAUAUCAGUUUAGUGUUUAGAACAAGACCAAAAUACCAACAAUAGAAAUAAUAAUUUCAUAGUAUUAAAAGCCAAAAAUCAAUCAGCCAGAACAGUUUGGUUCAACUAUAAAGAAUUUAUAAAAAGUACAUAAAAACUAAAUACAAAUCCAAAAAAAAAAAUUUAACAAAAAAACGAGAAUCCACUGCAAAAAGCAUUGCUAAUAAAAUCGGUACAUCAACAUAGCAAGAGCAAUAAUUUUAUCUGUGAUAACAACUGAAACUAAACUAUAAACAUUUAAGAAGAUCAAAAACUAACGAACAUUUCUACAAAGUUAUUCCAACUAAAUCAAUCCAAGGCAUAAAAGUAAUAAACAAAUAAAUUGAAGAAAAAAAUAUCACAUAUAUAACGUAGUUAUUAAGCAAAGGAAUGAAAGUGAUUCUAUUAAGACAUUUAUACGAAAUAAUAGCUCAAAUAAGGAUUUCUUAUGUGUACUGUGCUUCAUAACUAAGUAAAAACAAGCUUUUACGAAUAGCGAAGACCGAAGAAAAAAAAACAAACAACAAAAGUUCAGCUUAUUAUCGGACGGUUUGGGACUGGAAAACCAACAGAAAAACAAAUCAAACACCACUGAACAACCCAAUUUUUAGUUCUUCAAAUUGAUUCUCUAUUCAUGUUGUGAUUUCCCAAAUUUUCAAUUCUACAUAUGCUUGUGCCCAUUUUUUUUGUCCGGUCUAUUAAUUAUAACAUUGCAGUUGGUAUUGUUACUAAAAAAACAUACCACGUAAAAGACAUACCAGCAAAGUGGCCAAUCCAGUGAGAAAAGUGAAAACAGAGACCGAGAUAGCGCAAAAAUGUAAACUUCGAUUUUCUAAAAGUAGUAAACUAAUCUUUUACAAUGCACUUUUUGUAUGGAUGUGAUAUAGCACUAAAUUUAUUAGAUCAAACCAACCAAAGUUGCAACCUAGAAAUCGAGAUGUCAGCAUCGAUUAUGAAACAACCAGAGAAUCCCAAAAAGUGUAAUUUUGUGGUUUAUUUAUCAGAUGCGAAUUAAUGCAAUCUAGCCAACGAUCUGAAUGGAAUUGUGAAUAUUUAGAAACAAAUUAAAGUCAAUCGAGGUUUUUCAACAUCGAUUUACCCAGAAUUUAUGAACAAAAAGUAGCACAAAACAAAAAUAAGAAAAAUAACAACAAACCAAACGAACCAAGUGGAAAUUAUUCCAGUUCAAUCGAACCCCAAACGAAAGUUGUAAAAAGACAAAGGAAACGAAAAACUGUUCUAAAACUAUUAGUUUUGGUCAACUUAAAAUGUCAAUCAGUUGAUUUUAUCGAAAGACUAAAACAGUGACAACACAUUCAAUUAGAAAAUCCAAUAAAGACCACAUUGAUGGCUGUUAACCGAACCAGAAUGAAUCGAUGAACGGUGAUCAAUGAGAUACAAUAACAGCUUUACGAAUAACGUAUUACUACAUAUGUCCGAGAGCAAGGAUAAUAAGAAAACUAAUAGCAAACAUAGGUUGAUAUCAACUACUUCGGAUACAAUAAUUACGGCAAAUAAAAACACUCAAACCGACAUGAAGUCUGAAUACGCUUUUAAGGAAAAACUUAAAAAAUUUAAGGCUAGUUUUAAUCGAGACACUGUGAAUGAUACUGAUGAUGAUGUCGAUAACGACCAUUUAACUACGAUUAAGAGAAACCAAGUCACCGGCGUCGAUGCAGAUGUUGACAGCGCUGCCAUUGAUAAAUUUGAUAUUGACGACGAACCAUUCACAACUCAAUUGCAGACGCCAGAAACCAUCGAAAAGAAGCCAAUCGAUGGUAGUGAGCAAAUCAAGAUGAUGCAACAAAUCAAUGACGACAACAAUGAUUCUAUUACUUUAAAGUUACUCUGGCCACCAAAACAAUUGCAAUUCAAUCAGUCUGAUGUCUUGCCUGAUAACAAAAAACUAUCAAAGAUGGUUCAUAACAAUAAAAUGUACCAAAUAAUUCGCGAUAAUAAUAGUAUUAAGAGUAAACAUAUUUUGAACGCUACUGAUACCUUUUGUGAUAACUACAAGAAUGAACUAAAUGUUGCUAAGUCUGAUAAUAUGGCGGCUCAAAGUGUUGCUGAUACACGAACCGCUGUAACUACUUCAAUGGCAAAUGAUACUACUGCAAAGACUACGAAUUCUACUACGUACAAUAAUUGUAAUCGAUAUGAGCAUGAGGUACAAGAACAAUCAAUUGGUGAUAAGCCAACUGUGAAUGCAAACAAUAAGCUGCCAUCGUCAUCAACGUCCAACGUUAAUACAAGUGUAUUGCAUAUUUCAUUUGAAAAUCUUAUCAAAUUAAUUGAUUCCGAACCCAGGCGCAUUCGUGAAUGGAAUGCGAAAUCGUCGAUUGACGCAACACGCUUUCUGCGUCUCUGCGGAGGUGGUGAGCAAGGUAUUAAUAAUGGUACCACUGGUUGGGGAUCACCUCCAUCUGCACCAAGCGCAGCGCCUGGUGGAAACAACGCAAAUACAAGUUCUUGGGGUUCUAAUCAACCACAACAACAAUGGGAUCAACCUAGUGGCUCAAAUGCAGCUGUUAAUGUAAAUGCAGCUAAUGCUAAUGUUGGACAAAAUACAACUAUGUGGCCACCAACAACUGGCGCUAAUUCAGGUUCACAGCAAUCUCACGAACAAAUUCAAAAUGCCAGCAAAGCUCAAGGUCAACCUCAGCAAGCUCCUGCCCAACAAUCACAAUCUCAGCAAGCUGCUGGCAGCAAUAAUAACAAUAACGUCAUUAGUGCAAGCGGAAGCAAUAAUCCUGGAAACAAUAAUAGUGCUUCUGGUCUAAUCGGAGGUGGAACCUCGACAGCAGCUGCGAAAAAUCAACUUGAACAAUUGACAACAAUGAGAGAUGCUUUAUUUAGUCAAGAUGGUUGGGGCUGUCAACAUGUGAAUCAAGAUACAAAUUGGGACGUUCCAGGAUCUCCCGAGCCAAUGACUGGUGGAAACAUCGUAAAAGCCGAUCCAACUCAAUCUGUAGCUCAAGCUAGUGCUACAGCAGCAACUCCGUGGAAGCCAAACAUUAAUAAUGGUACUGAAUUAUGGGAAGCGAAUCUCCGUAAUGGUGGACAACCACCUGCUCCAGCUGUUCAAAAGCCUUGGGGUCAUACUCCAUCCACAAAUCUUGGUGGUACUUGGGGAGAGGACGAUGAAGGUGCCGAUUCAGGUGCAUCCUCAAGUGUUUGGGCAACACAAUCCAAUGCACCAGCUCAACAGUGGAAUCAACCAAGUGUUUCGAAUGCAGGUGUAAAUGUAAAUGCAUCUAAUGCAAACGUUGGCCAAACCUCAGCAAUGUGGCCUCCUGCAGCUGGGGCGAAUCCAGCAACUACUACUACAACGCCACUACAGCCUCCACAAAUUGUGAAUCCGGUUUUAGGUGGACAAGAUGUACGCAAUGUGGGUGCCAAUCAGAUGGAUAUAAGAAAUGCAGAUCCACGUGAUAUUCGUUUAUCUAAUGGUCCGCACUUUAACAUUCCAAUGGCACAUCCACGUGACCCAACAAGAGAUUUACUGAGAGAGAUUUCUAGAGAUGUUCGUGGAGAUCUACGUGGGAUCUCAGGUCGUUUGAAUGGAACGUCUGAAAUGUGGGGACAACAUCACAAUUUGACUCAAGGUGUCAAUCAACAAACCGCACAGCAACCUCAGGCACAACAAUCACAACAGCCACAAUCACAGCAUGGUCAAAUGCCGAUGAAGACAGAUAAACCACCGACCGGGUGGGAAGAACCGUCUCCGCCUACACAACGACGUAAUAUUCCAAAUUACGAUGAUGGAACAUCGUUGUGGGCACCAUCACAACAAGCUCCACAGCAAACAAAUCAACAGCAAAAUGCUCAACAGCAACCUGUGCCAUUACCACAAAAUCGAGGUUGGCCAAAAGGUGGCAGAAGCUCAUGGGAUGAGCCUGUUACCGGAUCAGGAUCAACUACUCCCCAACUUCCACAAAGUCGUAUCAUUCCGAGUGGACUACCAAGUGGACUUCCAAGCGGACUUAAGCAAGAUGGUUCCAUGUGGAAUCAAGCACCAAAUAAUGCAGGACGCACAACUUCAUGGGACGAACACUCCGUCGUUUCUGGUGUUAACGACAAAAAUGCCGCAAUUAAUGCGAAUACUGGUGGUGGUUGGGACAAUCAAACACCAAACGUUUGGCAACAGCAGCAGCAGCAGCAGCAGCAGCAGCAGCAACAACAACAACAACAACAAGCUCAGCAACAACAACAGCAGAAGAACAAACUCAUGGGACUUGAUCGAAACUCAACAUCGAAAGCAUCAUCAGGAGUUUCAUCUUAUCGAAUGUUGUUUGAUAUGGGCUUCAAGAAGGAAGAAAUUGAACUAGCAUUACGGGCAACUAAUCUUAACUUAGAUGAAGCCAUUGAGAUUUUAAAUCAAUCUCGUUCAGCUAAUAGCAUUGACGCAUGGAGACGACAUGAUGAGCACAAUGCCAGCGCUGGUAACUUUGAUCAUAAUAGCUUCCCUCAACGAUAUCCGGGUGGACCACAGCCGACUAUGCCAUUUCAAAGCAACAAUCCAAAUUUGCUGAACGCUAUUGGUGUGAGUGGGGUUAGUACAAAUCCAGGUCUAAAUGCUAUUGGCAACAUGCAGCCAAUGCAAGCACAAAAAUACUUAAAUCAAGGCGCACACAAUGCUUCAGGCACCGGGAGCGGAUUUAAUCAGGGUAUUAAUCAAACAUUGAACGCAGGAAAUUCAGGUAAUACAACACAAGCUGCAGGUCAACCAUCAACGCAACAGUUACGCAUGCUUGUGCAACAAAUUCAAAUGGCUGUACAGGCCGGUUAUCUGAACCACCAAAUCCUUAAUCAACCUUUAGCUCCGACCACUUUGGUACUGCUCAAUCAAUUGUUAGCACACAUUAAACAAUUGCAAGUAAACCAAGCAAACAUGAGCCGCGGUAUCAAUAACAUUCCCAUGACGUUGAACAUAUCGAAAUUGAAGCAGCAAAUUGCCACAUUGCAAAACCAAAUAGCACAGCAACAGGCCGCCUAUGUGAAUAAACAACCUGGUGCUCAAUGCAAUCAUAACAUUAGUGGAAACGGUAAUGUUGGUAUUGGUGCUGGUAUAGGAAUUGCAAAUAUCGGCAAUGUGGCUAACGCUGGAGUUGGACCAUCGCCAAAUGAUUACUUGCGCAGUCAACAUGAUCCAAUUAAUACAUUGCAGGGUUCAUUUUCUGACAUGUCUAUAGCUAAAGAACCACCAAAUAGCUUCCAAAACUCGAGCGGUCAACAAUCUCGUUUGAAUCAAUGGAAACUACCGAAUUUCGAUAAAGAAGGUGGUGCUGACAAUACUACUGAUUUUUCUCGUGCACCAGGCACAACAUCCAAAUCAACAAUGUCUACAUCGAAUUCGGUUAUUGGAUCACUAGGUGGUUUACAAGAUGCAACAUGGUCUUCUGGUCGAAACAUAAGUGACGGUUGGCCUGAUUCAACACCAGAUAGUGAGAAUAAAGACUGGCCAUCAUCCCAACAAUCUCCAUCAGCAGCAUUCACCGACUUAGUUCCUGAAUUCGAGCCUGGAAAGCCUUGGAAGGGUUCGCAAAUGAAAACCAUUGAGGAUGAUCCAAGUAUCACACCAGGUAGUGUUGCUCGCAGUCCAUUAUCGAUAAGUGCCGCAAAGGAUACUGAUUUGUUUGCAAGUAGCAGCAAAACUUCACCAACCGAUAUACCACCGUUAAGUUUAUCGUCUUCCACCUGGAGUUUCAAUCCAACCGGUUCAUCCAGUCAACCACAUUUCACAAGUUCUAAAGGCAGUAACUGGUCCGAGGGCGUGUCACAUCAAAUGGGUAAUCAAUCUGAAUUAUGGAGCUCACCAAUGACAAACAAAACAGCCCGUGGACCUCCACCUGGCUUGGGUAAUAAUAACAAAGGCAAUCUUACAGGUGCUAAUGCGAUAACUUCAACUGCAACUAGUUCAAGUACAAAUGGCUGGAUUGGUGGUAAUUUACGUCUAAGUUCAGGAUCAUGGCCAUCAACAUGGCUACUUUUGAAGAAUAUGACAGCCCAGAUUGACGGCUCUACAUUGCGUACAUUAUGCAUGCAACAUGGUCCAUUACAACAUUUCCAUUUGUAUUUAAAUCAUGGCAUAGCUUUAUGUAAAUAUUCAACGCGUGAAGAAGCUAAUAAAGCGCAAAUGGCAUUAAAUAACUGUGUGUUAGGAAAUACCACAAUUUGCGCUGAAUCGCCAUGCGAGAGCGAAGUUCAAAAUAUCUUACAGCAUUUGGGUGUACCAACCAACCAACAACCACCUGCGCCACAACAGCAACCUCAGUCACAAAAUCCUCAACAAUCACAGCAACCACAGCCAGGACAGCAAACAUCAGCUGCUUCAUUAUCCUCGCAAUGGCGACCAUCUAGUCAAAAUACGCAGAACCGUUCCUCGGGCUCAGAUACUUGGGGAGCUGGUUCAGUAGUAUGGCCUAGUACUAAUCCAGCUGGAAACUUUUGGACCGGAUUAGAUGCUACUUCGACUGAACGUGGUACUCCGUCUUCACUUUUACCUGAAAAUUUACUUGGCAAUGAAUUAAAUUAGGCUGUAGCAAUGCGAAAAACAAAAAGCGAGUAGAAACACGGUGUACAAUUGAUAAAAAAAUAAAAAUUAUUUAAGAAAAAUAACAGCAACAACAACAGCAACAAAAUGAAUUAACAAUUUUUAGUAAUUAUACAUAUAUAUUCUAUAUACAACAUGGUAUGACAUGCUAAAAUACAUAUAUCUCUAUGCCCUUAGAUUGUAAGUUUCACGUAAUAUUUUUAAUUAAGCAUCACAAAAUGAAACAAAUAAUAUCCUUACUAUUGCUAGAAUUAUAGAUAACGAAUAUUUUAACGAUGCGAUAUAAAAAAUAACAUACACAAAAUAACUCACACAACAUAUAAUAAUUUACAUAAUGAUCGAAUUUUACAAAAAAAAAAAAACAUGAAAAAAAUGAAAAAAAACUUGAACGCAUUAUCAAAAAUGAGAGACCUUCAAAGGGCAAACUAAGCCAAACUAAAAAAAUUGUCUUGUUUUAUUAUGUUAUUUUUUAGAAUUAAUUGAAACAAAAAAUACAACAAAAAUCUAAAAAAUAAUUGUAACGAUCGUAAUAAUAGAGAUGAAGGCGCAUAUACACAAAACCACUCUAUUAUAUAUUCUAUAUUUGUUUACUCUAGAAUUUUUGAAAAAGAAACAAACAACAUUAACUGCAUGUUGAUUAUUGAAUAUGAAGAAAUUUAAUUCAAAUUUGUUAAAACUGGAGGCAAUUUUGCGAGUGUCCAUUUGUGAUAUAAUCUUGAUCGAUGACGGCGCAUAAAUGGGAUUCAAACAAGUUUCACCAAGUUAAAAAAAAAAACAGAUCAAAUUGCCAAGCAAAGUGGCGACGCAGAAACUGUUUUCAUUUCGACGGAAUUGAAUUGAAUUUUCGAAUUGAUUGACGUAAAGUAUAAAAUUUGUAGUAAGCAGUUAAUACAAUUUGUAAGAAAGCACAUGAUGAUAAUAACAAAAUGAAAAUGUAUCGAAGAAUAUAUUUCUGUAUUAUGGCAACUCAAAUUGCUCUUUUUUAAGCAAAAUGGUUCUAACAAUUAUUUGAGUUUAAGUUAUUGACAUAGAACAAUUAAAAGAAACUUACCCAAGUU